AUGGUUGAGCGCAUGGACAGAGUGGAUCCUAUGGAUAUGUCAUUCGUGAAUCUCGCCAAAAAAAAAUUAUCAUUCGGCGACGUUGUGUAUAAAAUCGCGGUGCGCAACAAACUAAUAGGCUGGUGGAAGAACACAAAGGCAGACUUUGCUGUUGUUCAAACGAACAAGGAGAAGUCAGGCCAUCAUGCGCCGACCCAAAUGUAUUUCUUUCGAGGCAAAAUGAGCACUCUCUUCUUGUAUACGUAUAUUUUUCCAAGAGGCGAGAGUGACUUGAAAACAUUAUACGCGGUGGCCGGCGGCCCUCUCAUGAAUGAUAUGUCUAGUGCAUUCGACAAUUCAGGCUCGGCAUCCAACUCAGGAUCUGAUUGUGAAGAUAAAGGCGUGGAUGUAACAAGUACAGGUCGAACUGAGAGUCAUAGAAAUAAGAUCAAGCAAGCUGAACGAGACGCGGCGGAGAAUAGAAAAAAGGAACUUGAUACGUCCAAUGAUGCCGCUAGUGAAACGUUUCUGAAGAGUGUUCAAAUGUUCGUUAAGAAUGACACAUUGUUACACAGUAAACAGGAUCUGGGUGUUAUCUCAAAAGAGAUAAUGGACCUUAAAAGAGACUUACGAGACGCAUCUGACGACCCUGAACUUAUAGAACUCAUCGAGCGCGCCAUUACAAAGUGUAAGGCUGAAAUGAAAAAUAUAAUGUUCAAUUAG